UGUCAGCCGUCAUUAGCAUAUUUGUGACUAUAUGUGAGCUUGCGUCGGGCAGAGUCUCGCCUUUUUCUGUUGCGACACGCCUGAGCAGAACCUCUAAACAACUUGUCCUCAACAGACGACUCAUCGACCUGCAAAGAUGAGCGACAAACCAGACAUCUCAGAGGUGACCAGCUUUGAUAAGAACAAGCUGAAGAAGACGGAGACCAAGGAGAAGAACGUCCUGCCAACAAAAGAAACCAUCGAACAGGAGAAGGCGGCGACGACGUCGUGAAGCCCCUCGCCAUGCCCCGAGUCCCCCUCCCAUCCCCCGACACACCCCCACUCCUUCCCUUCUUCCUCCCUUCCUUCCGCAUUGCCUUGUUUUCAUCAGUCACUUCUUCUAGCUGUAUAACUUUGUAACCGAAACGACAAAACCACAACGAUAACCGACAAAGCCGGUCGCGCGGACGGGACGAUGCCUUGGGUCGACACAAUGCGCCGCCAUCUUGAGAACGGAGAAGAGUGGGAGAGUGGAGAAGGAGGAGGAGGUGGUGGUACAGGAUCCUCCAAGUGUUUGAAUGUCCACCAUGGCUCUGGAGCGGAGAGGUUGAAGGGGCAAGGAAGGGCGUCACUGUCCCCGUCCUCACCACCCAAUUUCCCACGAUGCUGCUUAUUGCGCCAAAGCUAAGGCGUCAAGCUUUUCCGCGCUUGUUGUUCUGUCGUCUUUCUAAUUUUCGAAAAUGCACGACUUUCUUUGCACGCUCUUAAUGGCGACCACCCCCCAAAAACGAUACUGUUUUAUGUAUGUUUUUAUUUCUUUUGUAUGCACACAGGAUGAAAAACAACGGAUUUCAACUAGUUCUGCAAACAAAUGGACUUUGUGCUUAAAAUGUCAGGCGUUUCCUCGGAAGUGAUUCAUGAUUUUAUGUCACCAUAAGAAAAAAAAUCAACAGUCCAUGUGCUUUAAGAUCGAUCGUUGAAGUUUUUUUUUUUUUUUGUAAAGUCACAAUACUCCGCCACAAUCCAUUGCAAGGAAUGGAAAACCAUGAAAUGUAAUAAAAAAAGAUUUGUUACUAA